GAAAGUUUUCUACCUUAUUCUUAAACCAAGCUAAGCUAAGCCAUGGUAAGAUCACCAUGUUGUGACAAAACUAAGGUUAAGAAAGGGCCAUGGUCUGCUCAAGAAGACGCAUUACUCUUGAACUUCACUGCCACAUUCGGCAAUGGAGGCAAUUGGAUUUCAUUGCCUAAAAAAGCUGGAUUGAAUCGAUGUGGAAAGAGUUGCCGUUUAAGAUACUUGAAUUAUCUUAGACCAGAUAUUAAGCAUGGUGGUUUCACUGAGGAGGAAGAUUAUGUUAUUUACAAGCUUUUUAAUGCCAUUGGUAGCAGGUGGGCAAUCAUUGCCUCAAAUUUACCUGGAAGAACAGAUAAUGAUGUGAAGAACUACUGGAACACUAAACUUAAGAGGAAGAUAUCAUCCGGAGAAUUCAACAUUAUUAAUAAUCCCAUCAGAAAUUGUUGUAAAAAACAUAAUAAUAAUUCCCAAAUAAGUAAUAAUGAAAACAUAACCAACACUAUAGAAAAGGACAGAUCAUAUUAUGAAAUUGAGAGUUUGAACAUGGUCGAAAGUAAAGAAAGCACUGAAGAAAUUCCAAGUUAUUAUUCAGAGAAUUCAUCAUCAAAUUCAACGGAUUUUAAUGGAAUUAGCGGCGAAGAAGACGAGUUUUGGAUGGAUUUGUUAGCUGAUUCCUUUGAUAGUUCUGUUGUAGCCGUAGCAUCUCAUCAACUUCAGGAGAAAAUGAGUGAGAUUGCUUCUCUACUACAUGAUAGUAGUUAAAGUACCAAAAUUAGGGUUAUGAUAUUUCUUAUAGGUUCUAAGAUGCAACUUGUUAGAAUUUAGAAAAUAAAUCUCGGCAACUUAAAUAAGGAGAAGAAGAAGAAGAGAUAAUUCUCAUACAAAUAAGGAGAAUUUCACUAUCAAAACUAAUUGCUAGUGAUAGUUAUGGGAUUACUCUUCGAAUUUAUAAAGUGGUACAUCGUCUUUUCUUUUAUCGAUGUGGGUCAACUUACAUAUGGAUAUUAAUUGAUAUUUAAUUUACAUAAGUUGCAAGUUGUAAAUUGUAAUUGAAGUUUUUUUUGAAUUUGUUUUGUAGUUAUGGCAUCCUAAAUAACCACAAAUUAGUGAGGGAUCAAUCUAUUGGUGUAUGGGAUAACAUAUAAAGUGUGUCAAAUUCAACAAAAAAAAAAAAUAAUGUUAUAAUUGUUCAAAAUAAUAUUAAGUCAAGAUUUAUGAUAUAAUAAUGUGUUAAUCAGUAUUAAUGAUAUAGGAGUACUAUAUUGUGGCAUAGUAUUAGGGAAAAUAGAAUUUUCUUAUUUUAAGGCUAAAGAUUUUCUAAGUUCAAAAAGUCUUAAAUUAUUUUGAGUUUGGUUUUGGAAAAUAGAUUUUAAGCUUUUGUUUGAGCAUUUAAGGUACAUAUAAUAUAACUUCCUUGACUUAGGAACAUAGGAGGUUCUGAAUGUGUUCAACUAUACAGAUCCUCGAAAAAAUAAGAGUCUUAAUAUUAAAUUAUGUAGUAUAUGUUACGUGUUUAAAGAAAAAUUUAUUAGAAAAAUAUUAUAAAUUUCAUUAUUGUAUAGGAAAUUUAAAAAAUUUAUCAUUUUUAUUCCGACAAAGUUCCCAAGUUUUGUUUUGCUAGGUAGUGGAAGACCAAGUCUUCGUUACUCAGUAGUCACCAGGUUGUUCCUAUUUCCUUGGAACGAGUCAGUUGUGGAGAAACUUUUUCUUCUGAUCUACACUUAACUAUUAUGUCUACUAGCCUAAACUUAUAUGUUAGUAAGUUAUUUCAUGAAACUUUUUUAUCUCUCACUAAUUUUACAAAAAAUUUAAUAGAAUAGAAUAUUGUGCAUAUCUUGUAAAUCUUUAUAUUUUGGUAAUUAUUUUGUAAUUAGCUAAUUUUCUUAUUCUCCAAGAUUACUUUUAUAGCUAGUUUCCUUACUUUCUAAGAUUACUCUUGUAUCUAUUCUCUCACUUUGAAAUGAAACGGUAACCAAUCAUUCUACCAAUUCUAUCAUGGUAUCAAGAGCUUAGGUUCUUUUUCCUCUCUUCAACCCUUUUUACUUUCUUCCUUACUCCUCAAGACAACCAUUCCCCACCUUUACCGCCGCCCCCCUCUCUUGCUUCUUCCUUAGCUUCUCCUAAAAUUCAUCCCACCACCGACUCCUCUCCGACAUG